GUGCGGACCGGUAAACUCAGUGCUGCAGUUAUACUUUAUAUGUUUGCAGCCGUGAAUUGGAGCAUUUUUCAUUAAACAUGAGUAAAAGUUUGUGUUUUUUCUCCUUGACAGUCGUCCUGUUCUGUGCCGUGGUGCUGCAGGCUCGGCCCUACCGCAGUUACGUAAAGCCACAACAACAUGGUGGCUCCAAGGCAGAUCCUCAGUUCACAGAGAAGUAUUUCCCUCAGAUCAUGGACCACUUCAACUUCUUGAGUUUGAUAAAUGCGACGUUUAGUCAGCGCUAUCUCAUCACAGAUCAGUACUGGAGGAAGGGCUCCGGUCCUAUUUUCUUCUACACUGGUAACGAGGGCGACAUCUGGGAGUUUGCCCUGAACUCUGGGUUCAUCACGGAGCUGGCUGCCAAACAGGGAGCCCUGGUCAUAUUCGCUGAACACAGAUACUACGGGAAGUCUCUGCCGUUUGGUAAGGACUCGUUCAGCCUUCCUCAGAUCAGUCUGCUGACAGUGGAACAGGCCCUGGCCGACUACGCCGUCAUGAUCACUGAGCUGAAACAGCAGCUGGCAGCCUCCGCCUGCCCCGUCAUCGUGUUCGGUGGCAGUUAUGGUGGGAUGUUGUCCGUCUAUAUGAGACUGAAGUAUCCCAACAUCGUGGCCGGAGCUCUGGCUGCCAGCGCCCCCAUCCUGUCCACCGCCGGCCUCGGAGACUCCAGGCAGUUCUUCCACGAUGUCACAGCUGAUUUUGAGAACUGUGCCCCACAAUGUAGAGAUGCUGUAAGGAACGCCUUCCAUCAGCUGAAAGAAUUAGCAGAACGCCAAGAUUACAGCGUCAUCCAGUCAAAGUUUGCCCUGUGUAAACCUCCCUCCUCUGCUCAGGACAUCCACCAGCUGAACGGUCUGCUGAGGAACGCCUUCACCGUCAUAGCCAUGUUGGACUAUCCGUACAGCACACACUUCAUGGGCAGCAUGCCUGCAAACCCUGUCAAGGUGGCCUGUCAAACCAUGCUGAGUGGACCAGACCUGCUCACUAACCUGAGGAACACAGCAGGGAUCCUGUACAACUCCACUGGGAUGCUGAGCUGUUUUGACCUGUACAGUCUGUAUGUGGAAUGUGCUGAUCCCACCGGCUGUGGACUGGGCUUUGACAGCAUGGCCUGGGACUACCAGGCUUGUACAGAGAUCAAUCUGUGCUACGAGAGCAACAACCUGACGGACAUGUUUCCUCCCAUGUCGUUCACGGAGGCGGACAGAGACUCGUACUGCGCCAAACGCUGGAGUGUGAUGCCCCGACCGGACUGGCUCCGGAUCCAGUUCUGGGGCGACGCUCUUUCUGCUGCCAGUAACAUCAUCUUCUCCAACGGGGAUCUGGACCCGUGGGCCAACGGAGGGGUUCGGCGGUCCAUCAGUCCAUCCCUGGUCGCCAUCAACAUCACUGGAGGAGCUCAUCAUCUGGAUUUAAGAGGAUCUAACGAAGCCGAUCCAGAGUCGGUCCUCGUGGCCAGGAAGACCGAAGCCGACCUCAUCGCCAAGUGGGUGACGAUGAGCAAAGACCAGAUGGCGGACGUCUACUCGGAGAACAUCCACCUGUGAUCAUGAACCCCGAACUGUGAAGAACCCUUUGGAACCACAGCACUGAUCAGGUUCAGUUUAGCUUCUGUCUGAAAAUACUGACGCUGUUGCCUCAGCUCCACUCUGAGCGGAUUCAGAGUUUGGAGAGUUAGUAAUUCUGCAUCAAAAACUGAUCACACGUGUUUAAAUAACUGUGUUUACAUGGACUCAAAUGUUCUAAAAUAAUCAGAACGGUACGAGAAUAGAAACAGAAACAUCCCAGAAUGAGAACGUUACGGAAAAGCUCCGAUAUCGCUGGUCUACACUUUUUAAAUAAAUGAGCUUUUAGGAUUAAAUGAGCUAAAUCUUACAUAUUUUAAUAAGAAAAAUUGGAAACAAAUUAGAAUUGUUAUUGUAUAUGAUGAAGUGUUACUCCACAUAUACUCUAUAUGGACAAAAGUAUUGGGACACAUCAUUUCUACAGCUCCAAGACGUCCUGUUCAUGCUGAUUCGAGAUAAAAACAUAAAUACU